UAAAGGUUUACUUCAUCUAAACCAAAAGGAAGAUGCUUGCUUAUCUGGGUAGGAAAUGGAUGAGAUUUUCAACGGGGAAUCUCAAACCAACCUGGAGAUUCGCAAGAGGAGCAAGCGGUGUACCGGAAACGAUAGCCAAAGAGAGAGUUGACACUGUCGUAAUUGGUGCUGGAGUCGUGGGUCUUGCGGUUGCGCGUGAGCUCAGUCUCCGCGGCAGAGAAGUGCUGAUUCUCGACGCCGCCUCAUCUUUUGGCACCGUCACGAGUUCCCGGAACAGCGAGGUCGUCCACGCCGGAAUCUAUUAUCCACCAAACUCUCUAAAGGCCAAGUUUUGUGUUAGAGGGAGAGAAUUGCUGUAUAGGUACUGCUCAGAAUAUGGAAUCCCUCACAAUAAGAUUGGUAAGCUUAUCGUUGCUACGGGAUCCUCUGAGAUACCAAAGUUGGAUCUAUUGAUGCAUCUUGGCACUCAAAAUGGAGUCUCGGGUCUGAGGAUGUUGGAAGGUUUUGAUGCAAUGAGAAUGGAGCCACAGCUUCGUUGUGUUAAAGCAUUGUUAUCUCCUGAAUCUGGGAUUCUUGAUGCACAUUCCUUCAUGCUAUCUCUAGUGGGAGAAGCAGAGAACAAUCACGCAACUUUUUCCUACAACACAGUGGUUUUAAACGGUCAUGUUGAAGAAGAGAAGAUGCAUUUGUUUGUUGCUGAAACUGGAUUGUGUGAGGCAGAAGCACAGCUUGAGCUGAUCCCUAAUCUCGUUGUUAAUUCUGCGGGAUUAGGUGCUCAAGCUCUAGCUAAGAGAUUCCAGGGCUUGGAUCAUAGAUUUGUUCCUCCGUCCUACUAUGCUCGUGGAUGCUAUUUUACGCUUUCGGGCACAAAGUCUCCUCCUUUUAAUAAACUUGUGUAUCCUAUACCUGAGGAAGGAGGUCUCGGUGUCCAUGUCACUUUAGAUUUGAACGGACUUGUCAAGUUUGGACCUGAUGUAGAAUGGAUUGAAUGCAUAGACGAUCAAUCAAGCUUCCUUAACAAGUUCGAUUAUCGUGUAAAGACACACCGAGCAGAGAAAUUCUACCCCGAGAUCAGAAAGUAUUAUCCAGAUCUCAAAGAUGGAUCAUUGGAACCUGGUUAUUCAGGCAUUCGUCCUAAGCUUUCCGGACCAAAACAGUCUCCGGUAGAUUUUGUUAUACAGGGAGAGGAGACUCAUGGAGUUCCUGGUCUUGUUAAUCUCUUUGGCAUCGAGUCACCUGGUUUAACUUCAAGCUUGGCUAUUGCAGAAUAUAUAGCAAACAAGUUCUUGAGAUGAAUUUGAGAUAAAUGUCGACAUUUGAAAACAAAGCUGGCUCACAAGAAGAUGGCUUUUUUAUACAGUUUUCCGUUAAAAAAUGAUCCAUUACAGACUUUGUCUAUAACUCUUUUAAGUUUUGUAUUCACAUGUUAUAAACUCAAGUUUCCUUCUGUUCAACCUUUGAAUUUGAACAAGAC